AUGACGGCGGCAGCAUCCACCUCCGCUCUCGAGCUGACCACGCUUACGCUCGACCAUAUCGUCUCUGACCUCGAAUCCCUCCCCUCCAACCACGGCCUCUUCUCUCUCGCAUCGACGUCCACACAGCCUCCGUCCGGUGUACCACAAGACCGUCACGACCUGUUACGAUCUUUCGAAUCCGGCACAGCCCCUUCCAGCCGUGCACAGUACGUCGAGCUAUCGCACUCGCUCAUUGCGGCGCACCGCACGGCGCAGCGACUCAACAGCGAGCGCGUCUCGGCAUCCGACGUCGGUCUCGUCCUGCCCUCGGACCGAUCAUCGAAUGCAGGUGACAAAGCGACGCGGACCGACCUGCUGCAUGCCAAGGUGGCGAGUCUGCAGACGCAGGUGGAUGCGUGGGACGGAGCGCUCCAGCAGGCGGUUGCGACGAUCGAAUCGGGCACCACAGACGGGAUCGAAUCGAUACCAGAUCCGACCGAGCCGGCAGGCGGUUCCGUUCCGAACGAGUCAUCGGACGCCGCGAACGAGGAGCUGGACGAUCCAUGGGCCGACCCCUAG